AAGUGCUGGGAUUACAGGUAUGAGCCACCUUGCCCAGGCUGGAAAGGUUUUUGAAACUUACUUUUCAAAAAAAACUUGGUUUGAAAAUAGCCACAUGAUAUAUCUCACUACAUAAUGAGAAAGCUCUCUGUCUUCUAGAGAGGGAAUGGAGAAUAGAAGUGCUUGGCUGGCAUUCUCUGGAAUAUUGUCUUUUCAAGAAACCACAUUCUAUUGCCUUAAAAACAAAAGGAGGUUUAACACAAUGCAAAUGGAAAUGAGAAUGGGUGAGGCACAGAUGAGAAGACAGCAGAACGUGGUAAAUAAGUGACCACCCAAACCAAGAGAGAAAUCAGUGAUGACCAAGUGACAAGGUUGUGAAGGGAGCCAGAGAGGUUAAAACAGAAAAAAAUAAUAGGUUGGUGAUGGAGGGAAGAUGAGAAAUUUAACUUGGGAAAUAUUCAUGGCCUUAUUAACCAGAAUUUCUAGAAAUUUACCUUACGAUUGGAUAGUUUUUCUUGGCAAAUUGAGAGUUUAAUUAGUUUAGUAUUUUAUUACUAGGGAUCAAGUUCAGUUUUACAUGAGGUUUUGCAAUGGAAUGAUGCUAUAAAAUGUCAGGCCUCUGUUUAUAUUCAGUUCAGUAGAGAAUAAACCACAUUUAAGUGCCAGCAUAUUUAUUGCAGCCAGCACUCAGUGUUUCUUUGCUUUCUAAAUGCUGAUUCUGUGUUUUCAUUGGUAGUGUAGGUGUGAAGGGAGACUUGAGCAUGAAUCAUAGGAAGACAGACGUAGAUGCUCAUUCUGCAGGCCUAGGGCCCAGCAAGUGCCACAGCUGUGCUGCUCAUAGCUAGUGGUGGGAUUCUGGGCAAGCCUUUCCGUCUCCUUGGAUGGCCUUGUUUUCCUUGCUUGUGAAAUGAGGUUAGAUGGUAUCAGCGGUCUUGCCAACACCCAAGUUAUGUGAUUCUAAGAGAAAUUAGAAGACAGCCUUCUUUUUUUUUGCUUCUAACAAUAACAUUUUUUAUACAAUUUAUACUUAAAACAUAGAAACAAGUACUACACGAUAGAAAGGCCUACCUUCCCAUGCUUACCUUUUGUGCAGCGCAUUUGGGUGGGCAGCCUGAAUGGCAGCUGUGGUGAUGACAGACGUGAGCAAUCUCUGCCCCAGUGCUGGCCCUCAGCAGCAGUUGUUCACACUGCUUAACUCACCACUCUACCUGGCCUUGGGAGUUAUUUUGCGUUUCUAUUAAACCUAAAGCUAUUAUUCCUAUUUUCCAUGUGGUCUGCUCUUUGUGCUUUUUGCCUGGUGAAUCAUGGAUGUUUUUGUGAUAUGAUACGAAGACAAAAAAGCCAGCAGAUGUAAGCUCAUAUUCCAGCAUUCUGCUGAACAGAUGUUACCUUUAUGGAGCUGGGUUUCCACACCUGUAACCUGAGGAUAACGAUGCCCACUUCCCAGGGUUUUGGCGAGGACUGAGUGGACCACAGUGAGAGCACCAUGCACACUGUGGACAUUUGCAGGUGCUUAGCAGCAGGAUUUCCCCAACCUUGUCUAGACACGGACCAUGCAAGGCCAUGUCUAGACAAGGCUGGGGAAAUCCUGUGCCGUGCAAGGCCUCCUUUAUGUGAGAAGUUGGGUCUGACCGUCCGCCAUCUCUGUUAGAACAUCUGGAAAACGCUUCUGAGCACAUUGUUUAUCUCAGGCACUGGGUCUCCUGGAAUAAUUCCUUCUCAGCCUGCCUUCUUCAUGCUUCAUCAAUGAUUCCUUCCUCUUCGAAGAAGAGGAGAGAGACAGAGAGGAAUAAGUUGAAUAGAGGAGGGGGAAGCUCUGAUUAGGGCCGUGGUGUAGGGAGGCCAUUGAAAGAGUUGGUAUGGGUGUGAUUCAGCAUGUCAGGAGCGUACGUAGAGAACUGAUGGGAAGAGAGAAAGGUUGAACAGGAAGAAAAUGAAAUUAAUCUUGGCAGUCAUGGCAUUAAGCACUAGGGAUUAGGAAGUAUCCUGGGAAUGCCAAAGCAUAAAGGUCAAGGUGUUUUGUAGACAUUUCCAGUUUUGUCUGAGGCUGUCGAAUUAGAUGAAAUAAACAAAUGAAAGUAUCUUUUUAUGCAGGCACAAAUGUCUCACUCUUGUGAUGAUUUUGUUGAAUGUGCUACUGAUAAGGAUGUGGGUAGCUGUGAAGGAAAUAUUUUUCUUGGGGUAUGUGAUAAGCAGUUGAUGAAACUAGGCCAGUGAGAGCGUGUGUGUCUAGAGAUUGUUCUGGUAGGGCAGGGGUUAGGCCUCAUGGCCUCUCCUCUCAGCCCUGCCCUAUUGUGCAGGGCCCUGUUGAAUAUGCUGCUUAACCUCUCUGCUCUGCCACUCGCUUUGGAAACUGGGAUUGCCACCCACUUUCGCUGAGCGUGCAGGGAGUGAAAUGAUUUAAGUGAUAGUCUCUUGCUCUGAGAUGCCACGAUAACCCGGAGCACACACACACGGAGGAGAAGGAUCCGGUUUUCUCAUGGCCACCAUCGUGUGUUUGCAGAGAGAUAGAGAAGAAUACCAGAUAAGACAGCCCCAGACUUCCCUCAUGACAGCUCAUUUGGUAUUACUGUGACACUCCAGAGUGCUCCCAUGACUGACAGUGUCAGUUGUGCUCUCAGGGGCUGGGGAUUAGGGGUUGGGGUGCAGAUUAGCCCUGUGCUUCUGCUGCAGAGCUCCGCUCACCAAGAAAAAGGCCAAGAGCCACGUGUAUUCCUGAGUGCAAAUUGCCUUUACAAAUUUGGGUCUGGACAGAUUCUUCAGCCACUAGAGGCCACUAGGCAGGGCUCCUAGGGCUGGAAUUCUCAGCUGUCUGCUCUCUCUGCCUUGCCUUGAAGCAUGGGUGAUGCAUCCAUAUUGGGCGACCAUCACAGUGUUGAUCCCUGAGCCUACCUAGAGUGUCUUAAUUCACAAGUCCUAGGGAAGCAUGGAAGUUCUGUGCAUAGUCAUGUCUACAAAGGCAUCUUUGUAGAGAUUAACUUUUUUUUUUUUAAACAUAAGGCUAUUCUAUAAGGUUUGACUGCUUCACAAAUAUUUACUCGAGAGUCUCCCUGCUCUUUAGCCUCUGUCUGCAACUCUUCUUUCUUCCCAAAUAUAAUAGGAUAAGCAGAAUGCUAACUGCUGGUACUGGUUUAAACAGCACACUUUGAAUAGAUCCAAGGACAACCUGGGCAUUCUAGUCUCAAGUGAGAGAAGAGGAGUGUCUUAGGGAAAUGCCUAUGCAGAUGCUUUGCUUUUUAUUCUCCUAUUUUUGGAGAACUCUCUCCAAAAUCAGUUAUUUCCUGCUGGGCGUGGAGGUGCCCACUGGAUACCUGAGGCUACCAUGUGUAGCCUCCUCUGCCCUUGCCUGGUGUUGGGACCUUGCUGGUACCUCCCUGACUGGGCCUGGAGUGUGUGUAAGGGCCCUGCUGUGAUGGUGGGAGUUGUUUUCACAUAGGACUGCAGGAUUCUUUCUCCAGCCUUCUCUUCCCCCGGCUUCACUGCACUGCCCCAUCCUCCCCCAGCAGAAAUGGAAAGAGUGGUUCCUGGUGACCACCUAGCCAAGCAGCCACCACUGAGGUCACAUUUUAGGGAAAUGUGAGGGGCCUGUUCCUCUGUUUAGAUGCAGCAUUUCUGCUCUUUGUAACUUACCCUUGGAAUUGCCAGUGAAUCACGGCCUGGGAAGUUCUUGUGAUUUAGAGUCCUGCACUUCCAGGAAGAGUUUUCUCUUGACGCCUUCUUUGACCCUUAGUUCCUGAUGAAGUUUUCAUGGCUUGGAAGUCCAGUCAGAAUUUGGGGGGUUAACACAAAAGAACACAAAAAUAUUGUUUCUAAGGUAUAAACUGGUAUAAACAUCAUAUCUCUAUGAAUUAGUCACAUGAUUAAUGUAGGCCAAAGAAAACAGGAAACAUAUAGAUAUGUUUGUAAAUUGAUGUUGUUUUGGUAUCUCUUUUGACCUCCUUCCCACAUUAGUAUUUGGCACUUGAUUUUAAUUUAGGUCAGUAAUAAUGCUCAUUACUGCUUGAGAACUCUGUGUGCAUCAAGCAAUAUGUUAUUUGCUUCACGUGGUUCUCUUUAAAUCUUACUAGCAAUUCUGUGAUGUUGAUGAUGUGAUUCUCAUCUUACAGAAGUGCAAAAUUGCUCAGGGGUGUUAAAUAACUUGCACGUCUGCAAAACCGGAAAGUGGUCUACAUAGACUCUGAGCCAGGCCUUGAAGAGUGUGUCCAUUACCUUCCACGUUUUUUGCCAGGUGCCUGGUAGAUUCAAGGUGGAGUGUUAUUGCUACAGAGUAUAGAAAUAAAAUCAAGAAGCUUACCAUGUCGGGAGAGUAAGAUAAACAACCAAAGAUAAUACAAGGACAGCUAUGAUAGAUACCAAAAAAGUGUUAUCAAGAAAGGUCAACUGAGGUGCAGUAGGGGCUAAGGGAAGAGGUUGAGAUCAUACACACCUAACUGGGGUCACCCAGGAAAAGUCUUCUUAGAGGUGGUGCACUUGAGGUGGGCCUCAUAGGACUGGCAGAAUCUUACUUGUGGGGUGGAUAAGGAAAGAUUUGUGGGUGGCAAUGACUGCCAGAUGCCCAGGUAAAUAAACAGGCUCAUAAAGAAACUAUUAGAUUAUAUAUAUGCAUGUAUGUGUAUGUGUACAUGUGUGUAUUGUGUAUGCCUGGAUACACUCACAGUUAUAUUCAUUAUGAAAACCUUCUAUAUCUUCCAAAGCAAAAGGCUAAUGACUUUAAGUAGCAACGUUGUCCAAACUGUGUUCUCUAGUUCUCCUGAGAACAGAAACACCUCUGAGCAAUACUUAAUAGACGUUCAUGUUUAUACAGGUAGGAAUGAGGUGUUUUUAAAAUUUUCUUUUCUUCAGGCAUCUGUGAAUGAGGCCUCUCCCUCUUUUUGUUUUUUAAGUAUCUGUUUCUAUUUUCUAGCAUGUUGAAACAUAGACUUCCUGUUUCUGCUUGAUUUUGAAUAUACUCCUGUUUGCUUGUCACAGGUAAUCUUGAGUUUCUGUGUAGCUGUAGUUUACAGGGAGCAAGUGCAGGCAGCAACGAGUCCAUCCCUGUUGUGAAUGUGGAGACCUCUCUGGACUUACAAUUAAAGGCUGCAUAAUGCAUUCCACUACAAGUGACGAAACCCAGCUCCCAGAAUAACAAGCAAGACAACUUUUCAAAGUGACUGUUGUUGACCAGUGCCUUCUGUGCAUUUAUGUGUUAAGCUUAAGGUAGAUUUUUCAAAAGGAUAGUAGAAAUUAUUUUGAAUUCUUCUUGAGAAGGACUGAGUCUCCCCGAAGGUGAUGCAGGCGCCGUAGUGCACACGUCAACAGGGUGAUUGCGUGCGUUCCUCACGUCUGUAUGACUCUACCAAGAUACUGUGAAGUUGUCCUUCUAAUUGUAUACAGGGAGAAUAUGCUGAAACUAGUGGCCACAGAUGUCUUUAAUUCCAAAAACCUGGCCGUUCAGGCACAGAAGAAGAUCUUGGGUAAAAUGGUGUCCAAAUCCAUUGCCACCACGUUAAUAGACGACACGAGCAGUGAGGUGCUGGAUGAGCUCUACAGAGUGACCAGGGAGUACACCCAAAACAAGAAGGAGGCAGAGAAGAUCAUCAAGAACCUCAUCAAGACAGUCAUCAAGCUGGCCAUUCUUUACCGGAAUAAUCAAUUUAAUCAAGAUGAGCUAGCAUUGAUGGAGAAGUUUAAGAAGAAAGUUCAUCAACUUGCUAUGACCGUGGUCAGUUUCCAUCAGGUGGAUUAUACCUUUGACCGGAAUGUGUUAUCCAAGCUGUUAAAUGAAUGCAGAGAGAUGCUACACCAAAUCAUUCAGCGUCACCUCACCGCCAAGUCACAUGGACGGGUUAAUAAUGUCUUUGAUCAUUUUUCAGAUUGUGAAUUUUUGGCUGCCUUGUAUAAUCCUUUUGGGAAUUUUAAACCCCACUUACAAAAACUAUGUGAUGGUAUCAACAAAAUGUUGGAUGAAGAGAACAUAUGAGCACGUGAGUUAAGAUUGUGACUGAUCAUGAUUUAUUUGAAGAUGGAGCACUGCUGAUUUAUGAAGGAAAAAAGAAUUUUCUAAACAUUACAUGUAUUUCAGAAAGACUUUGCCCAAUUCAGUUGUCAGACAUAAUGAUUUAUUUGAAGGCUUGUUUUAUUUGAAGAAAAGCAUAUUUCGAAAAACUCUGGUUACAAGCUUCCUAACGGGUAACAGACCAUGGGAGAGAUGUGUGGUUGGGUAAUGCAUAUGUAGUUAUACAAAGAAAAAUAGAUAUGGCUCCAGACCCGAACACUCUUUUAUAGGGCAUUUGUUGUGUUGAUGGCACAUUGGAUAUUUCUAACAUGUACAAAGUUAUGUAUUUUGAUUUACUUUCAUUUCUUGCUAUGCAUAUGUACUUUUCUUAAAACGCCAGGAACUUUCUCUUGCUAUCAUUGCUCCUUUUAAAACAAUCCAAUUUUCAUGUCUACGGCUGCUUGUUUUGUUAAAAAGAAAAUGGCUUAUCUGAAAUCAGUACUGUGGAAAUGAACUCUAUUCGCUAUUAUGAAUAAUGUCCAGUGUAAGAAUGCGCUUCUGGAAUUGAGUUCUACUUUUAAGUACCAAUGAUACUUCAGCUUUUCAAAAAUGUGAUGGUGUGUCAUUGCCUUGAAAUGCUUGCCUAGGGCUUCUUUUAUGUUAUCUUAAAAUGUGCUAGUGAAUUCUCCAUUUUUUACAUCCAUUUCACAUGGAAGAGACAAAAAAUCUAGAUUGGUCUUGAUAUUGGGAUAAUAAAAAGUAAGUAGCAUUAAGAAAGGUAAAACAACCGUCUUACAGAUGAACUCAUUAAAACAAUGUAGGGGAAUGAGGGGCAAAGGGGAGAAAAGACAUCGCUAAAGAACAUGAGCAUAAAAAUGAGUGCAUUUCAGUGUUUAAGAAGGUUUGAUAAAUAAAGAAUGUCACUUUUUUAUUUAACUGAUAAGGUUUUCUGUUAUUUUUUACUUUGAUGAGUAAACCAAAAAAUAUUUGCAUUUCAAGCAGUUUGUAUGUUUCUAUAUAAUUUUCUGUGUAUAAAUAAUAAAGUAGGCAUUUGCUUAUUUUGUAAAAAAGAAAUGAAAAUCUGCUGGCCAGCUAUGUCCUCUAGGAAAUGACAGACCCAGCCACCAGCAAUAAAUAUUUGCAUUGUCA